UUGUCCUGAUAAGCAAGCACUCCCCUCUCCCUACUUUUUGUUGCGAUCAUUUCAAUGAGCUUUUUUUUGAUCGGGUUAGGCAAAUCUUUUUUCCAGAUGGUAACAUGAGUGUUACAAGUUCAAAUGGACAAAGGUUCAAUGUGUCUGAUUCCUUAUGGCUUUCUUCUUUUAUGUGGUGGUUUAGUCAAUUUUUUUUUAAAAUAUUUUUGUCUGCAUCUUAAGUGAUGAAAUCUAUGCUAAAGGUGUACAUAUCAGUCUUUUUAUUUCCCUUUUAUGACGCAUGGUCAGGAACUGCUUUGUUUUUUUUACUGAAGUUACAUUUUUAUCCAUUGUGAUACAUUAUAUUUGAGAGGAAAUACUUAACUGUACUUGCAUUUUGCAUUUAAGAAAAGUUAAUUUACUUGUCUUAUGGUUGGUCAGUUCUACCUUGAAGCAUCAGUUCAGUGGAACAAUAGCAGGUGUGUUUAUGCAUCAUCAUGAUGUGGUGAUAUGUAUUGCAAAUAGGAUUUUCCCGUUUGUCUUAAUUGCAUCUUGACUAAAUACAGAAUGUGGAUUUCUUUUUUGGAAGUUAGUAGUAUGGACUGUGCAUUCUGAGUGGCGUUUUGCAUCAAACUCUAAAGUUAGACAGGUAUGUUCUUUUCCUAACCCUAAGCAAAGAGAUUGCGUCUUGGUUUGUGAUCAUUUAACCCGCAUGAGUGCGACCUCCCCUUUUCCCGUCCAAAAAUUGAAAGAUUGAUUUUUCCAUUCAGCUACACCUCCUGCCCCAGCUUCCUCCCAGAAACAUCAGGCAGCUUCUGGCCCUGCAAAGCCCAAAGGCAAAGAUGCCAAGAGUGCGUCGGGCUUUUCUGCCCCAAAGGCUGUCCCUGGCAGAAGAAAACGCUCCUCUAUGUCUGCCUCCUCUCCCACCUCACCAAAAUCCACUUCUUCCACUACCCCCCUGUCAGCUGUGCAAUCUCCCCUAGCUUCCUCACCUGGCAGCUCUUCUGCUAAUCAGGCUAAAAGCUUCACCCCAAAAAUUGUCAAGGCUGGCAAACAAGGAAAGGCUAAGAAAGGAGAGGCGUUUGUGCCUGUUCCUUCCCCUGUGGAGUGCAAGGUGACACCAGCGAUAGAAAAGCCAGUAGAGGCUAACCCCAAGAAAACUGUAGUUGAAGCUAAACCUGCAGCUGCUGCAAAGCUGGUUGCAGCCCCAGCUGCUUUUAAAGUUACCUCUAAGCCUGCCAUGGCAGCGCCGGUUUCAUUUUCAAAUACUCUUGCAUCUAGCCCCCCCACAUCAGUUGAGUUUAAGACUGCUUCAUCAAAAUCUGCUCCUGUUGUAGCUGCUGAUGAUGAUCUCCCUCCACUUAUCCCACCUGAGAAGACAAUUAAAAUGCCAGGACCUACACCCUCUGUAGAGGUUAUUAAGGUAGCAACCCAACCCGCUCCCGUUGAGGUUGCUAAGCCCAAACCCGCUCCCGUUGAAGUUGCUAAGCCAGCUGCAGAGGCUAAACCCGCUCCCGUUGAAGUUGCUAAGCCAGCUGCAGAGGCUAAACCUGCUCCCGUUGAAGUUGCUAAGCCAGCUGCAGAGGCCAAACCCGUUGACGCUGCUAAGCCCAAACCCGUUGAGGUUGCUAAGCCCAAACCCGCUCCCGUUGAGGUUGCUAAGCCAGCUGUAGAGGCCAAACCCGCUCCCAUUGACGCUGCUAAGCCCAAACCCGUUGAGGUUGCUAAGCCCAAACCCGCUCCCGUUGACGCUGCUAAGCCAGCUGUAGAGGCUAAACCCGCUCCCGUUGAGGUUGCUAAGCCCAAACCCGCUCCCGUUGAGGUUGCUAAGCCAGCUGCAGAGGCUAAACCCACUCCCGUUGAGGUUGCUAAGCCCAAACCCGUUGAGGUUGCUAAGCCCAAACCCGUUGAGGUUGCUAAGCCCAAACCCGUUGAGGUUGCUAAGCCCAAACCCGUUGAGGUUGCUAAGCCCAAACCCGCUCCCGUUGAAGUUGCUAAGCCAGCUGCAGAGGCUAAACCCGCUCCCGUUGAGUUUGCUAAACCCGCUCCCGUUGAGGUUGCUAAACCCGCUCCCGUUGAGGUUGCUAAGGCCGCUCCCGUUGAGGUUGCUAAGGCCGCUCCCGUUGAGGUUGCUAAGCCCAAACCUGUUGAGGUUGCUAAGCCCAAACCUGUUGAGGUUGCUAAGCCCAAGCCCGCUCCCGUUGAGGUUGCUAAACCGGCUGUAGAGGCUAAACCCGCUCCCGUUGAGGUUGCUAAGCCCAAACCCUCUCCCGUUGAGGUUGCUAAACCCAAACCCUCUCCUGUUGAGGCUGCUAAGCCAGCCAAACCAGUAGCUGAGCCUUUAUCUGCUCCCUUUAAACCCACUCCAGUUGCGCCUGUUGUUUCUGCCCCAGUUCCCCAUAAACUCACAUUUGCCGAGGCAGUUGCUAGACCGGCCCCAGUUAAGCCAGAGUGUGAGGUAAUUGGUAAGACUCCUUCAGAAUCCAUCUCAUCACCCAAACCUGCCCCUACACCUGCUAAAACCCCAGUCAAGGUGGAGCCUGUGAUCAAGAACGACAAGGGAUCCGGUACAGAGUCGGACAGCGAUGACUCAGUCCCUGAUUUGGAGGAACAGGAUUCUGCACAGACACAGACGCAGCAGGCUCAGCUUGCAGCUGCUGCUGAAAUAGACGAGGAACCGGUCAGCAAAGCCAAACAGAGCCGUAGUGAAAAGAAGGCACGAAAGGCAAUGUCAAAGCUUGGUCUCAGGCAGGUAACUGGGGUCACCAGGGUCACCAUUCGCAAGUCAAAGAACAUCUUGUUUGUAAUUACCAAACCAGACGUCUACAAGAGCCCAGCAUCAGACACAUACAUCGUCUUCGGUGAAGCUAAGAUCGAAGAUCUUUCCCAGCAAGCCCAGCUGGCUGCCGCAGAAAAAUUCAAGGUCCAGGGAGAAGCUGUAUCAAACAUCCAGGAAAACACACAGACGCCAACAGUACAGGAGGAAAGCGAAGAAGAAGAGGUGGAUGAGACCGGAGUUGAGGUCAAGGACAUCGAACUCGUUAUGUCGCAAGCCAACGUGUCGCGAGCGAAGGCUGUACGCGCCCUGAAAAACAACAACAACGACAUUGUCAAUGCUAUUAUGGAGUUGACGAUGUAAUGGGACCCUGGCAACAAAGGGUUGAAGACAGGUUGCUGAUUUAAGCUCAUUUAUACAAUUUAUACCCAUUAUGGAAAUAAAGUUGUGGAUGAUAAAUCGAAA